AAAACUCUUUGUUGUGUCUUCUCUCGUGUGAGUGUGUGAGUGCAAGUGUGAGGCCUUUGAGUGCUUGAGUUUAUUAUUCUCUUUCCCCUGUUCCUCGAUUCCAAUACCCAUCACGCAAGACAUUUGGCGCUCAAGUGAGAACCUCUCAAAGUUUUCUGUGGUGCCAAUCCCUUCCGGCCAGACAUCUGAGCUCGCACUCUUUAAAGGCCUUGGCGCUACUCUGGGCCCUUCAGUCCUGAAAAGUUACCAUCUUCAUCCGGGGUAGUUCGCCAUUUUCUUUGCUUCGCCACAGACACGAGAACGGCCAAAGACCUCAUUCCUUUCAAAUUGAUGAGUAAGAAUGGCCCUUACUCUGUCAAGCUUCAGAGCUGGAUGUUGGAUUUGGGCGCGUUAAUAUCGUUAGCACCUGCAGCCACUUGGAUUUGGCACACUAACCUCCCCAUGCAUUACUGGAACCAUUCUACCAUUCUGUCGAUCAUGAAACCCCUCGCGCCGCUACCGCAUGAAGUUGAAGUCUUCGUCAGAGCUCGGGGUUAUUGCAUGAUGGCGGAUAUUUUCUCCCCCUCAGAUAGGGAAAGACACCAUUCAACCACUGCACCGUCAUCCCUCCCAGAGGCCCUAGGUGUUUCUGUUAACCUGCUGCAUAAUCCCAGUCUGAGUGUUGCCCAUCUAGCUGUAACGCACCUGACAACCACCCUCUCCGAGAAAGAAAAGGCCCCUUUUCUCUUCCUGACAGCUCAUCAUCAUUCCUGGAAGCCUGUCCCUCGGUAGGACGGCACAACAUCUUUCCUUGUCUCAGUGCGGUGAUUGGCCCACACACAUGGAAACCUUCAUAAAAAAUUACUUUGAACAAUCCCUGCCAGGCUGCAAUGAACCACACUCAGAUCAUCAAGGAUGGUGUUCGCCGAAUCUCUCUCCCUCUAACGGUUGAGUCUCGUUCUCACCAUGACAUAACUCUGUGGCAGUGGGAGAUGGGGCCAAGUGGCUAGGUCAAGAUGGGGGCAGAUCCACGAUGGCCAAUCCCAUGCUGACAAGUGGUACAGAAUGAUGGCUCUUUAUUAGUAUUAAUUAGUAUUAAUUAGUAAAGGAUCUUAAAAUUAGCGUGGAUGUAAUGUUUAUAUUGAACUUUAACCAAUGGCUACAUGUGUCAUGUAGAGCAAAGCACUUAUUGUCCAUUAUCUUUUGGAAAUAUUAAAAACUAUG